AUUUUUGGAACCGACUUCGUUUCGUUUUUCGUCUUUUUUGAAAAUUGCCCAGUUUAGUUUAAUUUUUAGUUUAAUUUUUUUAAACGUAAAUUUUCCGGGAAAACUCUCCCGGAUUCACAUUGGCGCCCGAGCAGGGACUACGGCUAGUUUGUCAUUAAUUUUCGCGUCGGAAAAAACAAACAAAAAAAACAGUGCACCUCUCGUCGUCUCGGCACUUGUUUAGUUUUUUUUUAAAUUUGUUGGCGAAAAUUCUAGCUGGUGGAAUUCGGCGAAGCAGUGAAGUGUGGGCGAAAGCUGUUGGAUACGGAAGGAAAGUGCUUGGAAAAUCAUGACUAACAACCAGAGCGACGAUAGACCAGAACAAUUUCAUAUUUUUCGCCGAGGGAACUUGCUUUACUCGAAUUUUAACAUGUUUUAUUAUAUUUUGCUUCUGAUCCUAACUUUCUGGUUGGCACAUUUAGCGGCAUCCAGAACAUACGGCAUUAGUUCUUGCCAUCGUGGCGAAAACUGCCAGAGAUUGCACUCGUGUGAACACUUGUUUAGUAGUAUACGAUCCAAUUCCAUUCGUGAUGCCAUGUAUAAUAUCUGGGAGGAGCGACGAUGUGGACGCGAUAACUGUAAAAAAAAACCCAAAAAUUGUUUCGUGUGCUGUCCAAAAUCUGGAAACUACCUGCCAAGUCCUUCGAAAUGCGGAAAAAUUCUCAAACCUAAAGUAACCUACCGAGUAACAGGCGGACAGGAGCCGCAGCUGAAUAAGUUUCCCUGGAUGGCCAUGCUUCUUUACCGGAACCCCUUUGAUCCGGAUUCGGGGCUCGAGCCCCGUUGCGGAGGAUCCUUGAUAAAUAACCGUUACGUCCUUACGGCAGCCCAUUGUGUGAAGCUUAUCGGAGGCUUUCUCCUCGAAAGGGUGCGCUUUGGCGAGCAUAACAGCUCCACCGAUACGGAUUGCCAGCGUAGGUAUGGAGGAAUGGAAUGCGCUCCCCCUCAUCUGGAAAUAGAUGUGGAGAAUGCUUUCGCGCAUGAAGAAUAUAUAUCCAGAUUAGAACACAACGACAUCGCUCUUUUGCGGCUCCAAUCGUCGGUUCGCUACACUGCCGCAAUUAUACCUAUUUGUCUACCAAAAGCCUUCUUCAGCUUAAGGGAUCGUAAAAUGACUGUAGCAGGCUGGGGCUAUACGGGUCUUGGCUUAAGAAGCGAUACACUCUUAUUCGCAACCGUUCGGGAGAUGAAUUUUAAAAACUGCGAAGAGCAGUUUUGGCACAAAAAUUUUACGAACUAUGCCCAAUUAUGUGUCACUGGCAUAAGUGGAGUUGAGGAGAGUUGUGAUGGCGAUUCUGGCGGUCCGCUGAUGGCAAUACAUAGAGGGGCUACAUAUGCAGUUGGUAUUACCUCCUAUGGACCACCUUGCAACCAAACAAAAUGGCCAGGUGUAUACACAAAAAUUUCCCGUUAUUUAAAUUGGAUACAAGCCAAUUUAAAGCCCUAAAAUCAUAGGUUCUGCCUUGUGUUUAUAGUUUUUAUAAUCAUUUAAAAUUUUAGAAUUUCAGUCAGCAGUUUUCAAGAAAUCUACACCAUAAAGUAUAUAUAUUUUUCAUCAGUAUCACUAUCUGAAUUGAUCUAGAUGAGUACGUCUAUCAUCAUAGCUUUGAUACUUAGUCUUUAUGCAUUUUGCUCGACAUUUGUGAUGACUGUAAAAGUGUAUAAGCUUCGGCUCGCCUUCUUCUUCUCAUGUUUUUUUUAAUAGGCGUAUUAAGCUCUUUCCAGAUCGUCAUUUUUAAUUUUUUCUGGCAGCAUUAUAAUAUUAUCAAGAAAGUAAUGUGAAAGUAUCAGAUAUGGCAUUUAUAAAAACCAAUCAUAAGCAAUAUAACAUUAUAAUCUAUAUAUGUAUAUAUAUAAAAUAAUGUCGUGUUAGUUACACCACUUAUAACACAAGAACGGCAGAACAGAUCUGGCUGAAAAUUGGUAGGGUAGUAGCUUAGAGCCAGGAGAAGGACACUGUUUGAUAUCACAAAUCAGGAACACGAUGGAAAUUAUCGGCUCAAGUUGUUAACUUCUAAAUUGGACGUUGCCAAUGGGCCGGAAGCAAAGUCAGAAAGGCGCACUGUUGGAAACUUAAUCUGCCCAGAAAGUCAAGGGCCGAGUUUAUCGAGUACUAAAUAUAUAAAGUAUAUAACGUCUCACGUCUCAAAAGUUAACUUUUGGAAAUAAGCUGUAACAAUUAGACUUAUGUAUAAUUACCAACUGAGUUUGCAAUGUAUAAGCGGAGAAAUAAAAUUAUUAAAACAUUAAAAA